AUGAUAUUGAAUUUAAUAUUUGAAGUAUUAGCUCAUUAAUAUCUUUCAUCUUGUUUUUAUGAACAUAGUAAAGCAAUGAAAAAUAAGUCAUUACCUUUUCAGAAAUAAAUUUAUACUUUAAUGGAUAUUGAAACUGCCAUAAAAAAGUUGGAUUAAGUAAAAUAAUUACUUAAGGAUCAAAUAAACAAUUAUAAUUUAUCAACAAGUUUUCCUUUGAAAGAAACUGUGGCUGAUUUCAAUAUUUAUUUUACCUAAUUAAAUAGUUUAUUAGCAACCUAAUUUUUAUUUCCAUACACCAAUAAAUGCAGUUACUAUUUAGAAUAUUUGCAGUAUAUUAUUUAUAUUUAUGUAUCAAGGUUGCUUUAUUGUUUGUCAAGAUUUAAAGAAUUAAAAGAUGUGAGAGACUUAUUUGCAAUAUUUAAAUUAAUUAUGGAUAUUUAGAGCUAAUGACAAUAAGAG